UCGUCUCUGAUGAUGCGGAUGAUGUGUGCACUUUUUGAGUGGGCCAGCCAGGGCAGGCAGUGAUCUUUGAAGGAGUUUCCUGCACACCAGCUGCCCGUCGCCCAUGCACGCUAAUUGGCCCAUGUUUUCCUCUGGCUCUCUGGGCUGAGGCUCGUCACACCUAAGGAGGAGAGGCGACCGUGAGGAACAGACCACCGCCUCACAGCUCACUUCAGCUCAGUUGAAAUGGUAUCACAGAGAGACCAGGAUUAGAUAGUGGAGCAGAGACGAGCUGGUCAGACGUAAGGAGAGGAGAGACAACCAGCGAAGAACAAAAUCCCCACUCCGAGCGUAACUCAUUUCAACACGGACUAGACAGAUCACCAAGUUCAACUCAGCCCAGUUCAAUCAGGACCGCAGGGGGCUGGGAGCAGGACUUGGACAGCUUUGGGCAGAACCAGGAACAGGACCAACUCGACCUGGCUGAAACAGGACCGGACAAGACCAGGGACGACACUUCUGCAGCACAGAGGACUCCUUACCUUAGUUUCUUCCAGGAUCAAUAACGUUUCUCUAGUCUCUAGUCUCUAGUCUGGUUGGGUCAAGUCGGGCUGUGGUCCGGACCAGGAUACUGUAGCACAGUGGACAGACCAGCACCAGCACCAGCGAGGUCGCGGGACCAGACAGGUCAGCACUGUUCGGGCCAUGGAUAAAGGUGCUUGGGUCCUGGAGCUCCUGGGCGUGUUCUUCUGCAUCCUGGCCUGGCUGGUGCUGCUGUCUACCACCAUGAUGUCCCAGUGGCUCACGCUCUCCACAGACCUGCUGCCUGCCGAGAGCUACGAGCUGGGGCUGUGGGAGACGUGCGUGGUGCAGGAGGUGGGCAUAAUGGAGUGUUCGCCGUACGACAGCCUCCUGGGCCUGCCGCCCGACAUCCGGCUCGCACGCAUCCUGAUGUGUGCCGCCGUGGCCACAGGGCUCCUGGCGUUCGCCUUCGCCGUGCCCGGCAUGCACGUGGUCAACAGCUGCCAGGGCACCGAGACGCUGCAGGCAAAGCGGGCGCUGAAGAUGCUGGCGGGUAUACUGUGCCUGGCCACUGGCGUCCUGGACAUCAUCCCGCCCUCCUACAUCGCACACCUGACCGUGCUGAGGUUCUUCGACGAGUCCGUGCCGGAGGUGGUGCCCAGGUGGGAGUUCGGGCAGGCCCUGUUCUGGGGGUGGGCGGCCGCGCUCCUACACCUGGCUGCAGGGGGGCUACUGGUGAGCUCCUGCGUGUGCGUGCAGGACGAGCAGUGCCCGGUGGUGGGGGCAGCAGCAGCGGCCGGCGUGCCUCUGCAGAGACGCAAGGUGAUGACCGCGGAGAUGAACCAUAAAAAACGCAGCACAGAGUAUGUGUGAGGAGGAAAGAUGGACAUGGAAUGUGGAACACAGAAUACGGAACAUGGAAUAUGGAACAACAUGGAGCAUAGAACACGGAGCAGCAACUGGACUGGACAGGACUUCUGUGAGGAGCAUUGUAUUGUGAGGGCUUCUUUCGUCUAACCAGGUCUUUUUUUGGCUGAGAGUGCGUUACGAGGACAGACACACACACACAGCCGGAAAAGGUCUCAAAUAUAUACCGUACAUGAGGGAAUGCUGCUAUGUUCUACAUUUGUGGUUUUAUUCAAUCACCAAGGUAAUGCCAUUUCCAAUUUCUAUUUGUUAAUAUUCUGGACCAGACAUCCUCAAAGGAAUCAUUUGCAUCAUGGGUGCAGAACAGUUCAUAAACAAUAUCUCAGUUUUUUGUUUUAUGGCAACAGCAACAUUAUGGUCUAAAAUCACAAAACAGUACUGUACAUGAACAUUUGAAUUACGGAAGCAAUAAUAUACAAAAUAGAAAUGAUGCCAAAAAGUCAUACAUCCACUGCAGCCACUUUAUUAUAUAUGGUAAAAGAAUGUUUUUGAAUAACACCAAACUUUUACAACUUAAAUGGGCUUUAAGUUAAAAGGGUAUUAGAAUGUGUGCUGUGUGGAGGAUCCGAUGGAAUGUGUGACUUAGUUUGUGUAGUUUUUUUGGUGUUUUAUUGCCAAAGACAACUGUUUAUUAAUCAAAUGUAUUUAGCUUUCUUUGUAUAGUUGGAUGGCAUGCUUCACAUAUGUUACAUGUGCAAUGUACAAAUGCAAGACUAAAAUAUAUAAAAUAGCUUUAUUCAGCUUGGAUUAUAGACAAACUAUUCUUUACAUCCACUUUUCCAAGUGUAGAAGUCACACUGAAUCUGUAAAUUGAGGACUGCUCUAUUUUAAUGUGUUUUGGGAUUUCACGUUGGAAACCAUUUAAAUGCCCAUAGACUGGUUGUGGCUGUAUUGUAGGCAACAAUCUUAUCUUAGUGAGUGACAUAGUGUACAUAGGCCUAUUGCACAGUAACGCACAAUAAAGCCAAAAGCUUUUGCUUGAUGUGAAUGUGAAAAAUGAAAAAUGUGGUGAAUGUUGAUGUUGACUAUGUGUCAAAAGUAGGCCUAUCAUAAGGAUAUCUACAACAUGUUGUUGUAAUGUGCAGAGACUACCUAUAUAUUAUAUUGGUUCAAUAAACAAAAAACAAAAUCUGGAACUGUACUGUUGUUAUGCUGGCUGGAAGAUUUGAAAAAAGAAAGCCACAACAGUGCUUUUCUCUUUGGGUGCACUGUGUCGACCUUUAGAUCACUUUGCCUGAUGAAGAACCAAAGGUUGAAACGUUGCACCU